GCCGGGCCGGGCCGGGCCGGGCCCGGCGGGCGCCGACGGUGCGGCCGUGCCUUGCAGCCUGGUGAAGCGGAGCGCCGAGGAGGAGGAGGCCAAUGUGGCGCUGGUGCGGGCGGGCGGGCGGCUGCACGUCCGCGCCCGGCGGCCCAUCGCGGCGGGCGCCGAGCUGCUCUACUGGCCCGAGGAGGCGGCGGGCGGCGCGGCGGCGCCCCGCGAGGAGAGCGCGGAGCGGAGGGAAGGGGCCUCUCCGCGGGGGGCGGCGGCCGAGCCCCGCGCAGAGAUUCCUGAUAUCUCAAAGGUGCUAGCUGAUGAAGCCAUGGUCCUUGAUGUCCCUACUGAGGUUAGGAGACUGCCAGCUAAACAUCUCCACAGGCUGCAAGAAGAAGAAGAAAGCCUAAGUCCUCAACAUGAGCCAUGGCAAGCCAAAGUGCUGAGGACUGAGAACCAGCACCUCAAGACCAUCUCAGCCACGGAAGCCAAUAGCAGGUUCAAGGAAGAAUUGGGCAAGGGUGUAGAUCCCAGAACAGCAGCAGAAAUGGGGCAGAGAGAAGCGUGUACAGGAGACCUGCACCUGUUGUCACCCUCAGGUGGGAUUCAACUUGAUGCUUGCUUGGCUAGCAAGCCAUGCAAGGUACAUGUUCUUACCAGCCAGCUCCAGAAGUGCCUGCAGGACCAUGGCGGCAGGAGAGUUGGGCAGGAAACCCAGCAGCCCACUCCAUCUGAAGGAGAGAGUAUAGACACUUGCAGGAAAGAGAGGAAAGCUUCCACAGACUCCAAACUAGCAUCCCCAGAGAAUGGGGAGAAGGGCUCACCAGAUGGGCCUGAGAAGGAGGAGUAUGCAAAGCUGGAGGAGGGUCAUUGUGGCAGCCCAGGCCUCCAAACAGAAGCUCUGUCCCAGAGGGAGAUUGCUAGCAAGCGCAGGUACCGCUGUGGGGAAUGUGGCAAAGCUUUCCUGCAGCUCUGCCACCUCAAGAAGCACCGCUUUGUCCACGCUGGCCACAAGCCCUUCCUGUGCACAGAGUGUGGCAAGAGCUAUAGCUCAGAGGAGAGCUUCAGGGCCCAUGUGCUGGCCCACCGGGGCGUGAGGCCUUUCCAGUGCACCCAGUGCGACAAGGCUUACCGCACAAAACGAGACUUGCAGGAGCACCAGGUCUUGCACACGGGCCAGCGCCCCUUCUCCUGCGAACAGUGUGGCAAGGCCUUUGCUCGCCGGCCUUCCCUCCGCAUUCACAGGAAGAUCCACCUGGCCACUGGGCCUGGCCCAGUGGGUGCCAAGGGCUGCCAGUGUGCCAUCUGUGGACGUCACCUGGCCAACCCCGGCUCCUUGCGCAACCACAUGCGCCUGCACACAGGGGAGCGCCCUUAUGCCUGUCCCUACUGCGGCAAGGACUUCCGACAGCAGAGUAAUCUGCGUGAGCACCUCCGGCUGCACACAGGCGAGAAACCCUACAAGUGCCGCUUCUGUGACGAUGCCUUCCCUAAGCUGCCAGAACUGAGGCGCCAUCUCAUCUCCCACACAGGCGAGGCCCACCUGUGCACAGUGUGUGGCAAGGCCCUGCGGGACCCCCACACACUGCGUGCCCAUGAGCGCUUACACACGGGUGAGCGCCCCUUCCGCUGCGAGCAGUGUGGCAAGUCCUAUACCCUGGCCACCAAGCUGCGGCGCCACCAGAAGUCUCACCUGGGUGACAAGCCCCACAAAUGCAAGCUCUGUGGCAUGGGCUACACCCUUCCUCAGAGCCUUGCACGCCACGUGCUCACCCAUAAGGCAGAAAAGGACCCUGAGGAACUGACUACUGCAGUGGCCUCCCUCAAUGCAGACCUGCCUGAGGCAGCGCAGAAGAGGCCUCAGAGGAAGGGCCACCAGGAGCAGGAUGUAGUAGAACCCACCUUGCUCAUGGUGGAGGUGCCAGGGCCAGCAAAUGAGGCAGAGCUGCUGAUCACAGCCAACGGUCACUGCAUUGCUACUUACGAGUCCCAAUGCAGCCCACUGGAUCCUGGGGCAAGCAAGAGGCCUGCUGGGCAUUUGCCAUCAACCAAGGACAUCAUUGAAAUUACCAUCUCCAAGCAUGACAACAAGUGCAUUAUUGUGCAGGAUGAGGGCUCGCCAAAUGACGUAGUCAUCAUCCAGGAUGGGUUGGGCUUUGAAGCAGUGGCGGAGGUGGUGGAGCUCAAGACUGGGAUCUGACUACUCUGGCUGAUUGUAUUCUGUAUGCAAUAUUAAACAGGGUAAAGAAACAACAAUAAAAAA